AUGCACUUGGAGAUGGACAUUUCUGUUGCUCAAUACGUAGCUCUGUGUGGAGUUACACUUGUGAUUGGAUGGCUAGUACACUCGGUAUACAAAUGGAUUAGCCCGGUUUGCAACGGUGUUCUUCCUCCUGGCUCCAUGGGAUUCCCUAUUAUUGGUGAGACCUUGGACUUCCUCAAGGCAAGCUCUUCCCUGGACAUCCCAGACUUCUACAAACAAAGGAUGAAAAGGUACGGCCCGGUAUUCAAGACAAGCUUGCUUGGGCAGCCUGCGGUUAUUUCCACCGACGCGGAGGUCAAUCGGUUUGUGUUUCAGCACGAGGAGACCUUGUUCAGUAUCGGGUACCCCUGGGCAGUGACCAAAAUAUUCGGUGAGAAGAGCAUCGAAGCCGCCCAUGGCACAAUCCACAAGUUCGUCCGUAGAUGCGCCUUCACGCUGUUCGGCCUCCAGAAUCUCAAAGAGGUGCUCCUCCCAGAGAUGGAGGGCGCCGUGAGGGAGCGCCUUGCCGCGUGGGCGACCAAGCCGAGUGUGGACGUGCGCGGUGAUGCGCCCGACAUUCUCUUUGAGCUGGUGACGAGGAAGUGCCUUGGUUUCGAUUCUUCCACCAAGUCGGGAAAACUGAGGAACAAGUUCGAUGCGCUUUUCUCAGGGCUGUUCUCCUUCCCGAUAUAUUUCCCUGGGACAACAUUUUAUCGAUGCAUGCAGGCCAGAAAAAAUGUGCAGAAGACAGUGCGGGAUACGUUGGCAGAGAGGUUAGGUACACCAGGGAAGAAACAUGGCGACCUCCUUGACGUAAUUGUCGAGGAACUGCAGGGUGAAGAGCCAUUAAUAAGUGAGGAUUUUGCUAUUGAUAUGGUCUCGAUGUUGUUGUUCUCCAGCGUCUUCACGCUAUCAGGAACAAUCGCUGUAGCAUUCAAGUCACUCCAUGACAACCCAGACGUUCUCCGGUCCCUUGAGAAGGAGAACCAAACUAUGCUCAAGGAUCGAAAGGGUGGGUGCUCCGGGCUCACCUGGGAGGAGUACAAGUCAUUGACAUUCACUAAUCAGGUGACCAAUGAGAUUAUUCGAAUAAGCAAUGCCGUAGUUGGAGUAUUCAGGAAAACUCUCACGGAUGUACAAGUCAACGGCUAUACAAUUCCAGCCGGAUGGCAGGUCAUAGUCAACCCCAUGGCAGUUCAUUUGAAUGAAGAAUUGUUCGAAGAUCCACUCAAAUUUAACCCAUGGAGGUGGAUGGAUGAGUCAAAGCGCAGUGCAAUGCUGAAGAAUUUCUUGCCAUUUGGGGCAGGAAUCAGGGUUUGUCCUGCGGCAGAUUUUGUGAAGCUGUUUGUAACACUUACCCUCCAUAUUUUGGUGACGGAGUAUAGAUGGGAAGAAAUGAAAGGAACUGACGAAUUCCGAAGCGCGGAUGUUAUGUUCCCGCAGGGCUAUCACAUUCGACUUAGACCCAAGGACGAUCAAAUGAACUGA